AUCAAACUUCCACUACGCUUAUCUACAUCGCUUCUUGUGAUAUUUACUCGCUAUGGACGAUUCGGAUGAUUUACUCGCGGGGGAACCGCCCACCAUCGAUCCAUAUGAGGUUCUUGGUCUAGAGCGCACGGCAAACGAAGGCCAAAUCAAAUCGGCCUAUCGCAAACUCGCCCUAAAGAACCAUCCAGACAAGGUUGCCGAGGAUCGAAAGCAAGAAGCCCACGAAACUUUCCAAUCUAUAGCCUUUGCCUACGCUGUCCUAUCCAACCCUACAAGGCGCAAACGUUACGAUGAAACAGGUUCGACCUCCGAGUCCAUUGUCGACUCCGACGGCUUCAGCUGGACGGAUUUCUACCGAGAACAAUACCGCGACACAAUUACUGCCGAUGCGAUAGAGAAAUUUGCCAAGCAAUAUAAGGGAUCCGAUGAAGAAAAAGAUGACAUCUUGAUCGCCUACGAACAGCACAAAGGCAAGAUGGACAGGAUCUACGAAUCAGUCAUGCUCAGUGAUGUCCUUGAAGACGAUGAAAGGUUCCGCACGAUCAUCGACGAGGCAAUUGCUAGCAAGGAUGUUCCCACCUUCAAAGCGUACACACACGAGAGCAAGAAGUCUAAGGAAGCACGAAUCAAAGCUGCCCAGAACGAGAGCACUGAAGCUGAAGAAUAUGCCAAGGAAUUAGGAGUUCAUGAUAAGUUGUUUGGCGGUAAGGAUAAGAAAGGUGAUAGUGGUAAGGGGAAAGGUAAAAGUAAGAAGGGGUCGUCUGAGGACGGCUUAGCAGCACUUAUCCGCAGUAACCAGCAAGGCCGAAGUAAUUUCUUAGACAAUCUCGCAGCUAAGUACGGUGCAGCGCCGAGUACAAAGAAGGGGAAGAAACGUGCUGUCCCGGAAGAAGAGCCCUCGGAGGAAGCCUUCCAAGCAGCCGCCGCAAGACUUAAGAAAGGGAGGAAGAAGUGAGGCUAUCACCAAGAGGCUUGGUUUGACCUGAUUGUUGUUUUUCUGCGCGGCGUAUACGGUAUUAUAUUAAGGCAAGCAAGGAAUCAUCGGGACAGGUAUGCGUCGAGCCUACAGCCUAGGACCUGUACCACGGUUGUUUAGGAGUAGAAUACGUGAUGAAUUUAACAAUUGUUAGGGAUGACUUCUUAA